AUGGGCUUCGCUAUGAGUCGGCACUGUGAGUGGUCUAAAAAUGGGGAGGAAAAACGCAAAACGCUUACAUUUUCGGAUGUAAACAAUUUUGUGCUCGAGUCAUACGCAAGUUUUGUUGGUUCCUAUGUGACGAAAUAUCCCUACGUUUCCUCAAUACCAUUCAUUGAGCCGGCUUCAUGGCAUUCUUUUUUGAAUUUUGGGGAUUUAAGCAACUUUAUAAUAUGUAAAAACUAUGCUACAUCAAAAGAACUUGGUAAAGAUGGUGAACCAAUAGCCCUUCUCGAACGCGCUUCAAAUUCGGAGUUUAAAGCUACUGCAAGAACGUUUGGGGCUCUGAAUAAUUUUCUAAACGAUGCUGCCUAUACCGUUAAAAGAAUUAACGGCUACAGGGCUCCUCCAUGGCGGGAGGUUUUCGGCGAAGUUGCUUAUUUUCUUAUCACUAUCGAAGGACACGAGAAUGUCCUAUCUGUCACAGCAUCAAAGAAGGGCUGGUUUAUAAACCGGGGUUUCGACUCAGGAAAAUGUGAGCUGUUUUUUGACCGAGAAGGUGUAGUUUACCCCACCUUACUUGCAUUAUUGAGGUGUGAGUGCAACGCUUUUGAUGAGUUUCUCAAAACACCUGAAGGCGAGCUUCUCAUGUAUCGCCUUAAAUGGCUAUGCAAGAUUGAAAAGUCUACUGAACAGAGCCGCAGUGAUUUAAAGCACGAAAAUGCGAAGAGGAGGACGAAUGAAAAUCACACAUCUCUCCAGACAGAUGGAGCUGCCCUUCAAGUCAUUUUUGUAAAGGUGGAGACAACCUCGCUUCUCCUUCCAAAGGCACCGCCAAACUCAACGGCGAUCAAACGCAGAAACGGUGAGAUAGCAGGCAAGAUAAUGUUCAUAAAGCUCUUUUCGGCAACCUAUAACAUUUCUAGUAAGCAUAGCAGAGCGCAAGAGACGGAUGUAGACUCUACAGGGGAGCCAAGUUCGGACAGUGAAGAGGGUGAUCAAGAGCAAAACUUCCCUGUCAAAGACCCAAAUGCUGAGCUGCCACCUGAACAUUGGCAGAUUGGAAAGCUUGUUAAAUACAUAAAAGGUGGAAACCAAACAUCAACGACCAUAUCUUUGUGUGCCCUCUAUGAUAUGCCAUUGAAUACUGAGGUUUGUCAGCUGGCUGUCCGGGAUACUGGAGGCGUGGAAGUUUUGAUAAAUCUUCUGGAAACCGACGAGGUUCGCUGUAAGCUUGGAGCUCUCAAAAUCUUGAAGGAGAUUUCUCAAAACCCAGAGCUUCGAAGGGCCAUUUCUGACCAAGGUGGUAUUCCUCCGAUGGUUGAGCUGCUGCGCUCACCAAAUCGCGAUCUCAAAUGCCUCAGCGCCGAAGCGAUUGCCAAUGUUGCCAAAUUUGCACGGGCUCGACGCACGGUACGGCAACAAGGAGGCAUCAAGAAAUUGGUGGCUCUGUUGGAUGUGACCAAUUUCUGCGGUGACAUGAGAAGUCCUGAUGUGGAGCGUGACCUCGAGGUGGCGCGAUGCGGAGCUCUCGCCCUCUGGUCCUGCUCCAAAUCUGCCCGGGCCAAGGCGGCCAUGAAAAAAGCGGGUGUGAUUUCGCUCCUUGCACGCCUCCUCAAGUCACCCUAUGAAGCGCUCCUCAUACCCAUCGUCGGCAUUCUCGAGGAGUGCGCCUCCGAGCAUGAUUAUCGCGUCGCUAUUCGCACAGAAGGGAUGAUCGAGGAUCUUGUUGCUCACUUACGAUCACAAAACGAGGAACUUCAGAUGCACUGUGCUGCAACAAUUUUUAAGUGCGCUGUCGAACAAGAAACGCGUGACCUAGUUCGUCAAUAUGGAGGUUUGCUACCCCUAAUUGAAAUACUUUCGAUCAACGAAAAUAAAGAACUCCAGGCUGCCGCCACAGGAGCCAUUUGGAAGUGCGCACUUUCACAAGAAAAUGCAAAAGAGCUUCAAAAAGGCGAUGUUAUUUCCAAACUGGUCGCAAUUUUGACGCAGCAACCCGAGGAGGUGUUAGUCAAUGUCGUCGGAGCCUUGGGGGAGAUGGCAACAAACAAAAACAACAUCGCUCUCAUUCGACAGGCAAAUGGUAUAGCACCGCUGAUUGCGCUGCUUACAGGCACCAACGAAGAUCUCUUGAUCAACACUACUCGUGCGCUUGGCCGUAUAGCUGAAGACCAGGAUAGUGUACUGGUGAUUGAAAGGAACGACGGCGUUCGCCUUCUGUGGUCCCUCCUGAAGACCAAUAAUCCAAGUGUUCAGGCUAAUGCAGCCUGGGCACUCUGCCCCUGCAUUGAGAACGCUGUUGAAGGUGGCGAGAUGGUUCGUUCCUUUGUGGGUGGUCUUGAGCUCGUCAUCAGCCUCCUGCGUUCGCCUUCGAUGGAUGUGCGUGCAGCAAUAUGUGGUGUCAUCUCAAAGAUUGCUAAAGAUGAGGAGAACCUUGCUGUUAUCACCGACCACGGCGUUGUUCCUCUCCUCUCCGAACUGUCCUACACGACUGCGGAUUCACUGAGACGACCGCUGGCGGAGGCAGUGGCACGGUGCUGCUGCUGGGCCACGAAUCGCAGUGACUUUGGUAAGAAUGGAGCCGUGGAGCCGCUGGUGUGCUACCUCAAGUCCGAAGACCCUGCUGUCCAAUGCGCUACAGCAAAGGCUCUCUAUCAGCUUAGCAGACACCCCGAGAACUGCGUUGUCAUGCAUGCUGCUGGUGCCGUGAAAUAUCUCGUUGAAUUGGUCAGCUCAAACGUAAGCGCAACGAAUCCACUCUCUUCCUUUCUCCAACCAUCUCUCCGCAAUUUUUUCGUCAAGUGGACGUUGUUGAAACCUUUUGGUUUGUUUCAUAUGACUAAGCUUAGUGUAAAAAGCCCAACAUAG